CAAGACUAAACACGGAUUUGUUUAUUGGUGGCACUGGGUCACAGCUGUUAAUCGGCUACUAGCUAGCUGCAGGCAGAUUGGUGGCCGGUUCAGUGUCUUUAAAGCAGCUUUUCUGCCUGUUACCUUUGCUGUAUCAUUUCUCAGCAGACGGGUACCAUGGAGCCUGCAUGCCGUAAGGACAAGCCAAAGCUGAAUUCUACCCCGACCAGAGGAGACAGAGCCAAACAGAAGUCUGCACAGCAGGAGCUCAAACAGCGGCAGAGAGCAGAGAUCUAUGCUUUGAACAAGGUGAUGACAGAGUUGGAGCAGCAGCAGUUUGAGGCCUUUUGUAAACAGAUGCAGUCGCAAGGAGAAUGAUGCUCAGCCUUCCUGUUCUAGUUACUCCAAGACCUGCUACCCUCCAAAAAACACCAUGGAUACGCACGUACACACACUGUUAUUGAGAUAAAACCACUCUCUUAUACUCGGCUGUGCCUCUGUUGCUGCCACCUCCUGGAAACAAUUUGAAAAACAUUUGUUUCUGGUGGCAAAUCAGACAAUAUAUGAUGUUUAACAGACUCCAGUUUCUGGCCCUGCAGCAUGCUUAAAAACACCACACACUGGUUAUUAGAAGCUGAUGAUGAGACAUAUCAGGCUACUGAUAUUUCCUUUCCCUGAGGUAUGCAUGUGAAAGCUCUCCAGCAAACAUGCAUAGUAAUAUUUUUUACAGUAGUUUAGAGAGUUAAAAGCAAGUUUUCAACCUUCAAGAGAUCUUGAAAUCUUUCAUAAUGAGGAAAAAAAAAUGUACCUUUUGCUGAAGAAAACAGUUUUGGCACAGUCAGCUUUGUGCCCUAUUUAAGCCGAUCAUAAUGGUUGUUCUAUACAUUAUGCUCUCCUGGAUUUUUGUCACCUGCUUAAGUUUUAUUAGGUGUAUUUUAGCACCCUGACACCUGGACUGUGUGCAGCCCCAACACAAUGUAGCAAAACAGUUUUGAAACAUGAAUGGCCUCUUAGCCCCUAACCCUAAGAGCUGCACCAGUGGCAUUUCAAUAAGGAGAGAUCACGAAGAAACUGAACGUGAUUUAUUGAAAUACAGAGUAAUAAACUUUUACUCUGCCAGAGAGAUGAUGACAGAAUGAAGUCUGUCAGUGUGGGAAAGUGAUGUGAAGAAUAAACUACCAACCCAAACACCAGGAAUGCAGGCAGAUGGGUGAAUACAGGGUUUUGCUACAUUGUGUUGGCUUGACCACAGCCCAACACUCUUGUAUCUUUAUUUGGUAAUUCAUUUAAAAUACUGCUGCACUGUGUUCAUGUUUACACAAUCUAUCUCACCAAAUGGUCCCACCAAUGGGAGACGUGAGGUUACCGCAGAGCUGCAGCAUCAAUGCAGUGAUGAUGAAGAACACUGUUGUGACUCUCUGCUAGUUUAGGUUGUCUAAAGAUGUGUUUUUAAGCCAGUGCUUUACAGCGAUGUCUCACUCUGACCCAGAAGCAGACUAUGGGAUGCUUCAUACAGUUUUUAUGUCCUCCUCUGAGUGAAGUGAGGUAACCGUCAGUGUGAUUACCUCUGCCAGUGAUGUUAUGUGCUUGGUUAGUUUAUCAGGAUUUGUAAAUGUAGCCUUAUGUGAAGUUUGGCCCAGCUUUAAAAUGAAGAACUUUUUCAGUAUCUUUGGAAGGCUUCUUUACCAUUACAAGAUAUUUAGUGUCAUCCAUUCUUAAUAUAUAUCUGAUUGAUCCAGAUGGAUUUCUGGAUUCAGGGACUUCUGCCUUAGCGGAGGUGUGCAGACUUCAGGGAGGCUGAUGGAUGCUCUCUCCUCCUGCUCUCUGUGUGUGGAGUCCUCCACACACAGAAACCUCCAGUCUGCUUUGAGCUUUUGUAGUUUUCUCAAAUCAGAAAUCUGUGGUGAGCUUGUUGGUGAAAUUCUUGGAGAAACAAAGUUCCUCUCUCCGUUCGUGUUAAGACAGUUGAGUUUUUUUGUUUGUUUGUUUGUUUUUACUGUAAGCAGUUCAAAUGUGGCUGAAAGUUUUCAUUCUGUUACCUGCAAUACUUCAUAACACUCGACUAUCUCAACUCUGGCCAGGAGGCUGGUUUUCAAUGAUUCAUAAACAAAUCUUACAGUAGCUUUAAAUACGUUGUUCUUAAUAUUUCUGUUACUGGUGCUCAUAUAGACUCUGUCAUUCGAAUCACGCUGUGUGCAACAUCUACUGGUCUGUACGUGAGUUACUCCUGCAUGUUACUGCCACAGUCACUCAUUUUUGUAAUCUAUAAAUAUUUUGAUUGUUACUCUGCGGCAUCUACUUUGACUUAUAUUUGAUUUAAUGAAAAUAAAAGUGAGUUUUUUUUUAAAUA